AUGAUGCAAUUACAACAUAUCUUCGUCUCCAUAUUCAUAAUAUUUGGUUUUUGUUUCGGAGAGUUAAUAUCUAUCAAUUUGUAUUCAAAAUCAGAAAACAGUUCUGUAAACGGGUUAGGGCUAUUCUCUUUACAUGAAGGCGAAGGCUACAAUUAUUUGUUCUUAGGAAACCCUAAAACGGCUCAAAAACUAAUCUACGACACCCAGAUGUAUCAGGUAUUUUUUUAUUACGUUUACCUAUUUCCUUACUAUUUGACACUGGUAAACAAUUUUUUACAGUUGUCUUCUGUUCAUUAUCCUUUUAAAAUCAAGAUCAAGAAAAAUGGAGAUCUUAAAUUUACUUACUCUAACAGGUUGUAUGCAAUGAAAAAUGUCGAUGAUCCACACAAUUAUUCAAAUGAAUAUUAUGCUAUAUACUACUACCCAAAAUCCAGUGUUGUCCCAUCCCAAGCUAUGAAAGUAACCAUAACAACCAGUAUACCCACUAAUUAA